GUUUUCGUUCAAAAGUUCCCGCGAAUUAAUCAGCUGAUGGAAGUCGUUUUAUUUUGUAAGCGUUUGUGUUAAAAUUCAAUGUUUGCCAUAUGGAUCCAUCGGAAGUAGAAUUUCUAUCAGAAAAGCAGAAAGUUGUGAUCAUUCCAAAUUUUUCACAGGACAAGGUCUAUUUAAUCAGUGGUGAUGUAGGACCAUUCAAUCCUGGCUUACCUGUAGAAGUCCCUCUCUGGAUGGCUGUUAAUUUGAAACAAAGACAAAAAUGUAGAAUACAACCUCCAGACUGGAUGGAUGUGGAAAUAUUGGAAGAGAAGAAGAAAGAAGAAGUUGGAUCUCAAGUGUUUCAGCCGAUGUUAAACGAACAUUACAUGGAAGUGGCACAGUUAUUGAUUAAAUGUGCUGCGAACGACAUCCCGAGAGCUGAUGAAGUCAGGACAUUAAUAAAAGAUAUCUGGGAUGUCAGGAUUGCCAAACUUAGGAGCAGUAUUGACCGAUUUGUUAGUGAUCAAGAAACCCAUGCAAGGCUGGACAAUCUAUCAUUAAUGGAAAUAAACACAAUACGUCCAUUUUUGACACUCGCAUUGGAUCAUAUGCAUACACUGAGAAUGAACACGCAGCAAAGUAGUCGGGCCGCACCAACACAAGAUUGAACUUCACUUGAGCUUCCAAGAUUCAGAUGACAUCUCCAACAGAUGGAAAUCAACUUUAAUAAUACUUGGCAUCUAUUUUAAUAAAGUAUUCAUUACUGAAAUGUUUAUUGCUUUGAUAUAUGUCAGUAAUGGGUACUACCGUAUUUCUCUUUAUCGACUAUAAUAUAAUCAUUUUCUGUAUGUGAAGUCUACAUCUCAAAUGUACCACUAACUU